UCUCCGGUGGACUUAACCUAAAAAUUUCUCGGUUUUGCAGCUGUAUAGCUGUCAAAUUGAUUAUAAUUGAGUGUGUUUAUAAUUUAAAAAAAAACUUUAUUUAAGCACAUAAAAUGCCACCGAAACACAAAUUUCAAGAAGGUACAAGUCGACGAUUGUUUAUUACAGGAGAAAAAGUAUUGUGUUUUCAUGGUCCUUUGAUUUAUGAAGCGAAAUGUUUGAAAUCACAAAUAACAAAAGAAAAACAAGUCAAGUAUUUCAUUCACUACGCUGGUUGGAAUAAAAAUUGGGAUGAAUGGGUACCGGAAAGUAGAGUAUUAAAAUAUAAUGAGGCAAAUUGCCAGAAACAAAGGGAAGUGCAACGUGCACAUUCAAAUCAACAAUCCUCGCAGAAAAGUAGAAAAAGUACAACGGCAACAAAAACACAGGGGCGCCGAAGUGAAGGUGGCCGGGAAAAAGAUAGUGAUAGUAGAGCAAGUACGCCGGUUGCUAAUGUUGAAAAAGCAACUAGUCGCACAGGAAAAUAUAGCACUGGAUCACUGUCAAUCACAUCUCAUGAUUCAAUAUCAGAAGCACCUAGAAAGCGAAGAGGUCGUUUGGAAACAUCUGGUGAAUCAGAAGAAUUUUUCACUAAAGUUGAAUUAAAAAUUUUAAUUCCACAUGAUUUAAAAGUUUUACUUGUAGAAGAACAUGAAGCAUUAUUAAUAAACAAACAGUUACCGACACUUCCAAUGCGAAUAACGGUUGAAAAAAUUUUAAACGAUUACGUAGCAUUUCAAGAGAAAGAUCAUGUUAAUGAUUCUUGCAGAGAAAGUGCAUUGGAAGUAACAAAAGGAAUUAGGGAAUAUUUUAAUAUUUCUCUUGGUCAACAGUUGCUUUAUAAAUGGGAAAAAUUACAAUUUGAAGAUAUAACGAGAGAAAAUCCUGACUCUUUACCAAGUCAAUUGUACGGAGCCUUCCAUUUGUUGCGUCUUUUUGUAAAACUUGGCAGUAUGCUUUCGUAUAUUGAAAUGGAUGAGAGAAGCGUUCAAGUUCUCACACUUAGAUUUCACGAUUUUCUUCAAUAUAUGCAGAAAAACAAAGACAGCCUUUUUGACCUUCAACAAGACUAUCCAGAAUCCACAUUGGAAUAUCAACGAAAAAAUUCUCAAUCAUAAGUCAUCAUUUUUUUUAUACCUUUCUUUUUUCUUUUUUUUUUGAUAAACUUUGCUGAAUGAAUCUUAGCAAUUUAUAUUCUAAUCGCGAGAAACUGUACAUAUAUUUGAUAUAUUAUUUUUAAAUCAUGAUAUUUAAAACAAUAGAAAUUACGUAUGGAAUGCUCAUACACAAUCGAUGUUUAUGAUCUUUAAUAAAAAAAAAUUAUAAUAAUUGUCAA